AUGCCGAAAUGGCCAGUACCGUCAAAUGUCUCCACCGCCACCUUCAAACUUGACAUUGGAAUUCUCGACCAUGUGGACGAGGAAGCCGAUGCCCCAGAUAUAAUUUUUGACGUAGAAUUGUCAGAUGCCAUUACAGACUCAAAUGAUAGUUUUGAAUUCAACAGGAACUGCCGCGGUGCGGCAAAUGCGAAUUUCAGAAGGAAUUUAAAGGAGAUUCUAAGGGAAUAUGACCCAAGCAUUCUCAUACUAGUGGAAACGAGGACAGAUAGUGGGAAAGCAGAUUGGAUUGUCCAGAGUUCGCAACUUACUGAUAAAACUUGUGUUGAGACUUGUGGAUUUUCAGGUGGUAUUUGGGUGCUUUGGAACAAGCACAAAUGGGCGGUAGAAGUAAUAACCAGGAAUAGACAAGUUAUUCAUAUGCUAGUCAAACGAGUGAGAGGAGAGGAGUGGAUGUUAUCAGCAGUAUACGCGUCACCAGAUCCACCUACAAGAAGAUCUCUAUGGGAGUAUUUUUCAAAUAUAGAUAAAUCUAUUAACUUUCCGUGGAUGGUAGUAGGGGAUUUUAAUGAGGUGAUUAGUUCAGAAGAGAAACAGGGUGGCCGACCGCUAGGAAGAGCAAGUCAAUCAAGUCUUGCUCAGAUACUUUUGCAAGGUGGUUUAAUGGAUAUGGACUGUAGUGGUCCCUCACUUACUUGGAGUAACUGUAGGAAGGGGAUUGGGAGUGUUAGGAAACGGCUGGACAGGGCGUUAUGCAAUAAUUUGUGGAGAGCGCAAUUUCAGGAGGCAGUGGUCAAGCAUAUGGUCCGUACUCACUCAGACCAUCAUCCAUUGCAGGUCUGCCUGGAGGGAGUCCCACGAAGAACUAACGGGGAAAAACCUUUCAGACUGGAACAAGCUUGGUCCGCGCAUCCGGAAUAUGAAAGGGUAGUUGCGGAGGCUUGGCAAGGUAACGAGGAGACAUUAGAAAAGAAGCUGCAGAUGUUAAGAAUGCGACUUAAGGAAUGGAAUUUAUUAGUCUUUGGGAAUAUUUUUCACCGGAAAAAGAGAUGUAAAACGAGAUUGGAAGGCGUUUAA